AUGUUUCUCACGGGUCUAGAACGCAUGAAAGCUGUUAGAUCUAAAGUGAUGGGUGACAGCGAUGCUUUCAGCCUGCGUCAUUCCAAACGCGCUGAUCACUAUGCCAAUAGAGCUGUCAGUCAUAUGAAGAACAUUAAUGGGUACAACUUAAAAAUGAACGAAGCCGCUGAAAAAGCCAUAACCGUUAGGAUCGAAGAAAUCGUUCUCCGCGCCGUAGUCGAAGAAUUCAAGCAACUGGACAACAAUCAGAAUCCUAAAAAAUUUCAAGCCCUUGAAGCUAAUCUACAAAAAAAAGUCGAAAAAGCUAUCGAAGAUACCGAAUUUGAUGAAGAAAAAUAUCGCAAUUUUGCCGACUGGUAUUGGCAAUACCUUCACGAUGAUAUUGAAGAAGACGAAAUAUUAUAUCGUAAAGUUGCUGCGAUAUCCAAGAGCUCUGCUAGUGAAGCCUUACGUUUGUACAAAUUGUACGAACUUGAGGUCAAACAAGCCAAACAAGUUAAGAGAUCUUUUCAAGCCGAAUAUGACGCUCAGAACAAGAAGGUCAAUCACUUAGUUCAAGGGCUCAUGGCUGCUCUAGACGGUGAAAGACCUCAGCUCAACUCAAAUUUCGGAGCCAUCCUACCCGCAAAAUCCACUUACGCUACCCAAGAUCCCAUAGCCGCCCAUGCCGCCCCAAUUAUGCAUCUUGAUACCGACAGUCAUGUGAUACCAGCACCUGAAGAGCUGGACUUGACUUCGAGCCUUCUCAACCCCCCAAAGGUAGAGAUGAAACUCGAAAGAAAAAGACAAUCAGACCAUUUGGACGACAAUCGUGAAAGUGGUGUGUAA